AUGGGUGGAUGGCCAGGCGAAAGCGAGCAAAGGAUAAAUAAAAGGAGAAAGGGAGUAUGUGAUGACAACAUCCAUGUUUGCGGGAUGGAGACCCGGAUUCAGGCGUUACUCCCGCGCGGGUGCUUGUUCCGUGUGCGGUUUCUGUUGUCUUUGUCUCUUGCGCUCACUGUGGUGGUGGACUCACUGUGGCUGUCGGGAAGUUGGUAUAUUAUGCAUGAGUGGAGUGUGAUAUAA